AUGGCUGUAUUGGCAAGCACAGGAAGCAUCGAGGAGGUUGCAGAAUCGCUGGAGGGAAUCCUAGAUCGUCAACACUUCAUUCAAGUGGAGUAUUUGGAGGAUGGGGGCGACCCAAACUUUGUUAAGGACUAUAUAGGUGUAUAUCUCAGUGACUCACUGAAAAAUCUCAAUGCCAUAGAACAAGCACUUGAGGCUAAAUCCCUUGAUGUCGUUGAACUGGAAAAAUGUCUUGAACUGUUGAAGGACGACUGCCUCAACAUUGGUGAUCAAAAGGUCGCUGAUGAAGUCGAGAAAAUGCUGCAAUGUUGCAAGGGAGCUGACAUGGAAGGAGCUAGGACUGCAGUUCCUACUUUGAAACAAGAGUAUAACACUCUGAGGAACAAAUUGGAAGCUUAUCAUGAGCUACUUGAACAAAGGGCUGCAAUGGCACCUAAACCUCCAAGCAAACGGAAACUACAUAGCCUAAGUGGGAAUAAAUGGUAUGUGGUGGAUUAG